UUUAUCUCCAGAAAUUCUACGGAUUAUUGCAUUGAGUCCCGCUGCCACCGCUUAGCGAUGAGCAAAAACCUUCUCUGACCUCACCCUAUUCGCUACGCCCUAUCAAUCUUCCUCAUUUUUUCAUUCAGAUUCUUUCUAUGUAAACUUCCCGGUAUCUGUAGAGGUAGAUCAACUCCCCAUGGCGUCCCAGUCCGCUUCUCCUCCCAAUCCGACUGAUGAUAAGCCCCAAAAUUCAGCUACAGAGAUUGUCCAGCCAGCUGUUGAGGACAAGCAAAAUACCAAGGCAGAGACUAGUGGAGGAAUCUCUUCCCCAUCCGUGUUCGUGAAUUCAGAACCAAUGCGGGAAGAACAAGUGCAAAAUGCUGUAAAGUUCCUUUCACACCCAAAAGUGAAAGGAUCACCGGUCAUCUAUAGGCGAUCUUUUCUUGAGAGAAAGGGCCUCACAAAGGAGGAGAUAGAUGAAGCUUUCCGUCGUGUGCCUGAUCCACCCCAGACUAUUUCAAGUGCACAACCAGCUGGUGCUAAUCAAGAUGGCCAGAUUAAAUCAUUGCCAAAUGCACAACCACAAGUUUCAACUCAAGCUCUGCAGCCUUCGGGAGCUGUUCCUGCUGGUGUUGUUUCUAAGACUGUUUCAUAUUACCAAUUUCGCUGGUCCCAUGCUCUUUUUGCUGUAGGAGGACUUGCUCUUUCAGGUGCCGGAACAGCUGUUCUGUUCAAGAAUGUUAUUGUCCCAAGGUUGAAGUCUUGGGUUCGCAAGGUUGUAUUUGAGGAAGAUGAAGAAACUUGCAAGAAAAUCAAUUCGAAGGCAAACCUGGAGCAAGAAGCAGCAGCUGCUGCAAAAGCUGCUGCAGCUGCAGCUGCUGAUGUGGCACGAGUCAGCCAGGAAAUGUUGGUAUCAAAAAGUGAAGAGAGGAAAUACUUUGAGGAACUUAUGAAUCUGAUAGGGGUGCAAGUUCAGGAAAUGAAGUCAUUGAGUAAUGCUGUAAUGAAGUUAGAAGGGCAAAGUAAGACCUCUGAGAAAAUCCCUCCUGCUGAGCAAGAUCAUCAUUUCUCAUUCACAAAUUUGAGGCAAUCAAAUGCGAACGGGAAGGUGGACUUUUACUCAGCAACAUCUGCAUCACCUCCUGCAACCGCAGAACAGUCUGUUGCCCCUCACCCAAAAUCUUAUAUGGAUAUCAUGGCUAUGGUUCAAAGAGGAGAGAAACCUCCAAACGUGAGGGAGAUAAAUGAUCAACCACCCAAUCCUAAUCAACCAUUACCAAAUCCUCAUUCAGCACCGAGAGCUAAGCCUUGGGAGUUUGGGCAGAACCAGAACAGCUUUAGGCAGGUUUCUCAGAUUCACGAGAGCAGUGAUGGGUCAAAUUCCAGCUCAAUAGAUUAUGGGGUUGCAUAUCAGUUGAAUGAAGAUAGUUCAGUGCCUUGGUGGCAAAGAAAAAAUGUCAGGAUCGCUGAGAUCGAAAAUGAAAAUGAUCCAAAGAGUGGGUCCCUUGACGUGGUAACCAAUGAAAGACCAGUUCAGCGUUCGUGGGUUCCUCCGCAGCCACCUCCUGUAGCUUUGCCUGAAGCUGCUGCAGCCAUCCGACAACCAAAGAAGCCACAAUCUCAGAAACAACCAGGCGACGAUCGGGUAGCGGCUAAUCCUUCAGAUGUAGCUGACGAGUUGCAGAGAAUCACAAAAAUAUCAGAAUCCGGUGGUGUGGUGGACGCGAAUGGCGAGAACUCAGGCCCGAACGGACAAUUACCUGAAUUAGGAGUCGUGGUGGAUGCAAACGGUGGCAGCUCAGGGCUGAACACAAGUGAGAUACAAGAAGAACGAGUGGAGUCUUACUGAAGGGAAAUUUAAUCCUCUGCUUAAUAUAAGGUAUAUUCCAUAUAUAGUUACUAAUGUUGAAGAUAAUAGCUCAAGUACAUGUCGCUCAUUCUCGUUUCUGGUUUUGUACAACUAGUGAAGGCUCUCGCAAUAUAGUAUAUGUGGACCAAUGGCAUGAAUAUGAUGGUUAAAUAAAUGAAAUAAGGAAACCUAGUUAUUGGUGACUUUUUCCCUC